AUGGAAGGGGCAGGAGAGAGAAAGAGAAAAGGUGGUCCACUAAAGCUUGACUGGGAGAGACUACUGCCCGUCCACGACAACGAGCCGCCACCAAUGGUGGUGAUUAAGGCAGCGGCGGCGGCGGAGAAAUCAAACUCUCAGGCGGCGGAGGUGAUGGUGUUGGGGGAUGAGGAGGAACUGCACAGGGACCCAAGUCUCCAGAAGUUUUCUGAUAAAGAACUGCGUGAAAGGGCUGAUAGGUGCAGAAAAUUAUUGAAGAGUAAGGCUGCUAAUUUGAACGAUGGCGGUGAGAAAUUGCGAGUUAGUUUGAAGAAGAUUGAAGUAGAGUUGCAGAGGAGAUAUCCCCUGAAGGCUGAGGACAAACGGAAGAAGGUGACACCGUUAGCUGAUAAUUCUAUAUGUAUUGGUGUUACUGAUGACUUUGCAUCUCAUGGUGGUCCUCCAUCUGUAUCAAAAUCCAAGUUUGCCUCAAUUUUCUGUAGCAAGUUGGACGAAAAAAGGCCGAUCAAGUCUUUCUCAGAAGAACUGUCUACUCUGAAUCGUUGCAGUCACGAGAGAGAAAGUGGGUCAUUUCUGGUUCAGAAGACUGGUGUAUCCUUGAGGCAAGCAGCUUUUAAAUCUCCUAGUUAUCUUUCAGUACAGAUGAAUCACACUUCUCAACCAAACCGUGAUAAAUCAGGAGGCCGGUCUUCUUGUUCCCCUCCUUUUCGAUCAAAUAAAGAUUACUCUAGCUAUCAUGAGAAGAGGUAUUAUUUCUGCAUUUACAUGCUAAAAUUAACUUUCCAGCAGAAAACUGUUGUUCUGGUUGAUGAGGAAGAACUUGAGGUCGAUACAGUAAAUCAAGUGGACCCAGUGGGUCAAAGGGAUGACCCUGAAGCUGUUCAAAUUUGUUACUCAGACAUGAAAUGUCUGGCUCCUCAAUCUUACUUGUCAUCAACCAUCAUGAACUUUUACAUUCGGUAUCUGCAGAAGCCAGUAUCUCCAAGCACCAGAAAGAAAUGUGAUUAUCAUUUUUUCAAUACAUACUUCUACAACAAGUUGAAACAGGAUGUCUUGGCCAAGGCUAAUAAGGAAACAUCAUUUAAGAAGUUCAGGAGGUGGUGGAAAGGUGUCAAUAUAUUUGAGAAAGCAUAUAUCUUUCUACCAAUUCAUGAAAAUCUUCACUGGAGCUUGAUUACUAUUUGUAUACCAAAUAAAGAUGAUGAAUCGGGUCCAAUCAUACUUCAUUUGGAUUCUUUAGGGCUGCACUUCAGCAAGUCAAUUAUGCAGGAUGUGAAGAGCUUUCUAAUAGAAGAAUGGAAGUUCCUAAGACAAGAAGAAGUACUGCCUGAAUUUCCUAUACCAGACAAUAUCUGGGGCAAAUUAUCUAGGAGAAUUUAUGACAAAGUAAUUGAGCAGGUGCCUCAGCAAAGAAAUGAUUAUGAUUGUGGUCUCUUUGUUCUUUUCUUUAUGGAACGUUUCCUUGAAGAUGCCCCUGAAAGGCUGGAGAAGAAGGACUUAGACAUGUUUGGUAAGCAAUGGUUCAAGCCAGAGGAGGCUUCCAGUUUGAGAAGAAAGAUUAGGAAUAUACUUGAAGAAGAGUUCACGAGUGCAAAUGGAGGAGACACGUGUAAAUUGGAUUGA